AUGGCUCUGGAGUCUUUCUCUCUCAUGCCUGAAAAGAGCACGCCCUCUUGGAAUUGCAUGAUCGGGGGACUAGGGAGGCACGGCCGCGCCCACGAGGCGCUCAGUCAGUUCCGGCAGAUGGUUCGAGCUGGGUCGAGGCCUAACAAUGUAACGUUUGUUAGUCUGUUGCAUGGUUGUAGUCAUGGUGGCCUAGUGGAUGAGGGGCUCAAACAGUUUAGAGAUAUGAGAGAGGUUUAUGGUAUAGAGCCUGGUAUUAAGCACUAUGGGUGCAUAAUCGACCUCAUGGCUCGAAAUGGCAGGCUAAAUGAGGCUGUAGAGGUGAUUAGAGAGAUGGAAAUAAAACCUGAUAGUGUGGUAUGGGGUGCUUUGCUAGGUGCGUGUAUGGUGCAUGGAAAUGUGGGGCUUGGUGAGGCGAUGGGAGCACAGAUGAUGAAGAAUUUGCCUUGGCAUGAUGGAUGUUAUGUGAUGCUUUCGGAUGUUUAUGCGUCUAAUGGACAGUGGGAUGGGGUAUUGGGAGUGAGGAGGAUGAUGGCUGAUUUUGGUGUUAGGAAGGAGCCGGGUUGGAGCUUGGUAGUGAAUGUUGCACAGAGAGAUCACCACAAAGAGUGGCAAUGCAAAAUAAGUGAAGGGGAUAAGGUGAGAGAGGGUAUGAACACCACUGAGAGUCUCAAUGUACUGUAA